AUGCGUUUGACGAAACGUUCAUGUUGUUACGCCAGCAGCGGGUUGUCAUUUGCAGGUCGUGCCACCACGCCGUAUUGCCCGGUUCGGUUCGGACACACGUUAACACACAACACCGUUAUUUGUCAAAACCGGAGCGGCGGCAAAUCGUCGAACGGGCGUUGGAGUUGGAGAAAGAAAGCGUUUUAUCAUGAGAUAUCAACGGCAUCCGGUUUCCCGGCCGAGAAGAUGCCGCCGUUCCACGAAGAGCAGAAGGGCCAGAUGAUGGAGCGGUACACCGAAUCGUGGAAACUCGGCAGUGGCGUAGAUAUGGCGGACGUGCCGUUUGAAAGCCGCAGGAGCAGCAGAAACAGCGGAAACAGCAGAUAUUACAGGGUCCACGGCAGACGUAGGAGCAGACGGCGAAUCGGAGCAAGACGAAGGAAGCGGCGAGAGGGAGAGCUGCCCCAGACCCGAGGCCGGGCAAGGAGAGGGGAGUAUCCGGAACCAACGGCCGGCAUACCAGUUCACCGCAGACCAGGCCCAGGCGUGGAAGCAUUUGCAAGAAGCCGCAUACACAUGUAUGAUGACGGGGAACCCGGGGCCACAUUCGGGGAUCAGGGAUGA